CAUACCUGUAUCUGUAUGUUUCAGCUGACAUCGACUCGCUGCGUAAAAACAUUAACAGAUUUGCAUUCACAAAUUUAACGAGAGACACUUCCUACAUAUUUUUUGUGUCGACACAAACGUAGUAUAAACUUGCUGAAUUUCAAGAAAGAAAGGCCUCAUUUAGUAAUAGUAGCAAACUUAAACAUUUAUAAAAGCGUAAUUUUAUAUUUAAAAGUACCUUGUAAUUCUACGAACAAUUUGUCUUUAUUGGAUUAAUAAAACAAUAAAUAAAUAAUAAUAAUAAUAAAACGUGUUCGUAGUGUAAUCAAACAAAUUUAUGCGAUAUGCUUUACGAUGAUCUCACGUGGAAGAUGUUGUGGAAUACAUUUAUUGCUUAUAUGAAACCCACGGAACACGAACGUGUCUUUCACGACACUGCUGAAGAACAAUCUCAUAUCUAUACAGCUAUUGAAACUCUAUCGCCGAUAUAGAUAACGUCCCUGUACUAUAGGUCGCUCCUAAUAUUCUCAUAGUAAAAUAUUUGUUUUUGUAUUUCUUUAUAAUUAAAGAAAACGAAAAAUAUUAUAAUUUUUUUUACUGUUCUUGACAUUAUAAUACUCGUUAAAAUACUAACGAUAACAACCAAGUCCCCGUGUUCUAGGCGUUGUAUAUUUUGAAGUAAUGAGUUCUAAGAGAUUAUUUUUGUUUAUUGUUAUAGUGAGUAUAAAAAAUGUAAUUUCAGAGAACAAUAAAUUAUCCGUUCACACAGGACUUGACCAAUAGCGGCGCGAACACAGCUGUCAGAGGAACUACCGACAUUUACUUAUUUAAAUUAUGAUUACAUUAGUUUGAGUUGUAGUUGACUUCACGUUUAGCGUUUUGCGAGUAGUAGUGUUAAAAUAUUUCCAUUUCAACAUUCACAAGCAACGCAUUUCCUUACACCAACAGCGCUCUCUGGUUGUCCCGUCUUCAAUGUUUAAUUAUUCACAACUAACGGUGUGUUAUUUCGUAGUUGCGGUAACAGUAAGAUGUUGUUAAUUAUCUCAUUGUUGUUUAUGUCGAGUGUCGUGGUCAGUAAAGAGGAGUGUUACUGGAAUAGACAGUGCAAGUAUCAGUUAUUUUCAACGACUACACCCUAUGAUAUCAUACGAGGGGACAUUCGUGACCAGCCCAACCCUAACGGUUGUAAGGUCGUGAGUUUGUGGUCAAUACAUCGACACGGGAACCGUCAUCCUGGAAGCAGGGUCGUAAAGGACACCAACGAGUUAUGGGUCAAGUUGAGGGACCAAAUUAUAAGAAGUGAGGCAGAGUCAAGGAACUCACUUUGCUCACAGGACUUGGAAGAUAUAUUAAAUUGGAAAUGGGAUUCUUCGCUAGAAACUACACCAUCUUACCUCACACAAGUGGGUAACGACGAAAUAUACUCGAUCGGCAAAAGGGUAGCGAAAAAAUACAGUGAACUGAUGCACGAAAGGAUUGACCGAUAUUAUUUCAGAGGAACCAACGAACAACGUACGAAAGCAAGUGUUCUCGCGUACGUCAAUGGCCUAACUCAUGGUUCAGACAUGAACCUCACUUCACGGAUAGAGGAAUCUAAGGAACGAGAUGACACUAUUCGGCCUUACGAAAACUGUGAUCGCUACCAGGAGUCAGUUAAGAACGGUUCGCUGUUGCCUGAUCAGUUGGCUGAGUAUGGUCAAAGCCCCGAGUAUUUAGCGGUCAGAGACCGAGUUUUCGAGCGACUAGGUAUAACAAACGACACGGAAGAAAUAAACGUAUUCAAUCUUUAUGAGCUAUGUCGGUUCUAUCGGACCUGGAGUCCUAAUCUUCAGUGUCCAUGGUGCUCGCUCUUCUCCGACGAAGACCUGGUUGUGUUGGAGUACAGAGAUGAUGUACGGCAUUAUUACAAAAACGGAUACGGGUUUGAUAUUAAUGCAGAUUUAGGUACACUCCCACUGAGGGAUUUAUUUGAGAAUUUUGAGUUAGCGACGAGAGGGGAGGGUAAGAACAUAGUUUCGUACUUUACCCACGACACUAUGAUGGAAAUGAUGUUCUGCGCUCUUGGGCUCUAUAAGGACAAGAGCGUCAUAAAGGGAUCCUCAAGAAAUCCAGACAGAUUAUGGCGGGCAAGUUAUAUAGCAUCGUUUUCUACAAAUUUUAUCGCCGUCCUUCACAGAUGUGACUCCGAUACUCAUAGAGUCCAGCUGUUCAUCAACGAGAAGCCCACCAGUCUUUGCCCUGUCGAAGGCUGCUCGUGGUCAGAGUUCGUCGAAACUUUCCAAAGAUUCUCGAACUCCUCACUAGCAUUUUGUACAAAUCGACGCUCUGUUGUGGAUGAAGACAGCAAUAAUUUAAGUAAUAUAAUUACCGUCUCGAAAUUUUUGACCUCACUUUUAAUGUUGCUUCCAUUGGUGCUUUCUGCUAAUUAAAAUAUAAUUUAUUUCAACAGAAAUAUUUUGUCACUUCACAAUAUUACAAAGUAUUUUUAUUAGUUUUGAAUUAUUUGUUUUAUAUAAAGGAGUGUGUGAAAAUCGUGAUGUACCUAUCAAACAAUUUUUUUAUUGUAACGCUAGAUCUCGGACAUCCUAAAAUUCUUCUCAGUAAACGAACACUAUGUCUUCGUAUACAAUUUGAAUAAUAACUUAAAAGAUGUUUAAUUCUAGUGCUUUAUUUAUAUGUACUGCUGGUAUCUCCAUCCUUUCUCCGUGAAGUAAAAAUCUAUAUUUAGCAGAUUUCAUAUAAAAGUAAGAUACCCUAAAUACUCAAGCGUGCAAAUCUUGUAAACAUUUUGUGAAAUGAUUCACAAAGCUGCUAUUAGACACACGAACAAGACGAGCAUACUCAGGGUUUGGCAGACAUCUGACAUUAGCUGUCAUCACUCGGUAUCAGAUCGGCAUCAUCAUAGAGAUCUAAACGUUGUGAAACCUUUUAUAGAUAAACAAUGUGAAGUGUUUUAAUAAUUUAUGAGUCACAGAAAAUAUAAACAUAAAUCUACUUAUUACUCAAUAAACAACAGAAAUAAGGAAUGUUACAGUGAUCACAAUCAAUAGUUUUGUUAUAGAGUCAAAUGACGUCGAACUAUUAAGAUUUUGUACGAUUACGUUAAAUAAACUUAUUAACAAGA